AUUGAGCAUUUUUCAUACUUAAUAUUUGUAUGUGUACUCUGUAACCUUGUUUGCUUCUGCUACAAACAAAUUUCCCCCUGGGGAUAAAUAAAGUAUAUCUAUCUUUCUAAUUUUAUAUUACGAUUUAAAUAUAUGAAGGACUGAAACGAACAAUGAUUGUCACUAUUGAUCUAGUCUGCUGAUUAUUAAAUGAUUAUUUGUUUUGCCUGUAGUGUGAGAAAUUGUCUAUCAAAAUAUCUCAAGGCAAGGGAACAUCUGGCGAGAUUUAAGAUUUUAAAGAUUUAGAUUUUGUGUCUAAUCGUUUCAGUUUUAAAUACGUGCAUUUUGUGAAAUAGAUAUAUUUUUGUAGAUAAAAUAACCAGAUGGGAAUGUCUGUCUCGCUAACCUGUUGAAUAAAAAAUAACAAAAAUGUUACACAAUGUUAUCAGUUUGAAUUAUUGAUUCCAUCACAAUACAAAGUAGUCCUACUAUAGAGAAAUACAGCCAGAUAUAUUGAAGCGAUAUCUAUAAACUUUAAGGCAAAUCUCAGACGGUUGACACAUUUCUUUCCCCUCUAGAUGCAUUUCGUCAUAUUGCCCAACCUUUACGACAGACUGGGUUUGUCCAAAUUGUUCUACAUUUACUGAAGUAAGAGGACAGAGCUGUUUGGUUGCUACUGUUGUGAGGCUGGGACAAAGAAUCAGAAACAAGCUUCAGUUGUAGGUCAGCAGCAGAGGUCACAUGUGGAAUUUCUCCACCCUGAGGUCAUCGGGCGUUGAGGCGCUUUGUCAGGCCGAGCCCGGCUGCACGUACUGUUUACUCUCUGUUGACCAUUGUGUGAUGACCUGCACAGGCUUUUUGUACCCUGUCACAGAAAUGUGUGUCUGCGAACGUGAACGUUGUAGACCGACAUUAAGACGUGCCAAACUUCGGCUGUACUUGGAGCAGUUGAAGAAGCUGGUGCCUUUGGGUCCAGACAGCACAAGACACACCACACUGAGCUUGCUGAAAAGGGCCAAGAUGCACAUCAAGAAGCUGGAGGAGCAGGACAAAAAAGCUUUGAACACAAAGGAACAGCUGCAGAGAGAGCACCGCUACCUCAAACGCCGCCUGGAGCAACUUUCUGUGUCCGGAUCCGUUGAGCGCAUCCGUACCGACAGCAUGGGCUCCACCAUCUCCACCGACUCUGAGCAAGAGGUGGACAUCGAGGGCAUGGAGUUCACUCCUGUCGAGGCAGACAGCGUGGACAGCAUCAGCGACGGCGAGGAGGAGGACCACUACAGCCUCCAGAGCAGCUCCAGCGACACCAGCUACACAGCCACACAUUCCCACAGAAUGCAGCCGCACCACUGUUAGACAGCGCGCGGCCAUCAAUCUCCCAACCAGCUUCCUCGGCCGCGCUUCUCUUCCGUCACUUUUACCUUCCCGACCAUUUGCAAUCACCGACGCCGCCCGCUACCCACAUCAGACCGGUCCACGGCGGUGGUACACCCUGAACAUGUUCCUCCUUUCCCGGCCCAGCUCUCCAGGAAGUACAUGGGGCUGAAAUGCCACUCAAGCCUUCCUGACCCUGACCCCCCCCCCCGACCACUGACCCUACCUCACCCUACUGUAUCCUGCCUGAACUUUCCCCUUCAGACGCGCCCUGCCCUCCCACUGCCCUCCCACUGCCCUCCCAACCCCCUACUUAGUGUUGCCUCAGGCAAGUAGAGAGCAGAGCAGAGUUUGUGGUUUUAAUGGGGAUUUCUGUAGUGUGGUGGACAGCUUUGACUUGUUAAUAAGGAUGUGUGCGUUUGUGUGUGUGUGUAUGUAUGCGUGUGUAAGAGAGGAAGAACAAGCGAGCGAGUUUAAGAGAGGUCAAAAACAAAAGCUUCAUGUCUUCUCUGUGAGACAAUAAUAAUAUGCAGACGAGGCUUUGCACCAAGUUUUGCGAAGUAAAAGGUAAAGCACUUCUGUUUGUUCUGCAAUAUUUGCAACAUUGAAAGUUAUUUACAUCACACAGCAUCUUCCCUUUACACAAUAAGAUUAGCUAUUGCAGAAGUCUUGCACUUUGCUUGAAACAUUUGAAUGCUGAAAAAUGAUGAUGAUUUGAGACAUAUUUUGAUUGUUUGAGGAAAUCUAUUUAUUUGGGUAUUUCGUGCCGAGCCGUUUCAAGCCAUGAUGGCCUCACAUUUAGCAGUUUAAAAGUCGGGGCGUGAUAUCGGUCUUCUCAUCUAACUCUUGGCAAAGAAGCAAAGAAGCUUUUUUUUUUCUCAGAACGUCAAACCAAUUUCUUAAAUUGUUCCACUUUUUAGGAUGUGCUUCUGAAGCUGCGUUGACCUAAAACAGACUUUUUCACAUCUUUAUGACCAAAUGACAAACUGAAAAAGUUACAGAGCUGUAGCAGAGAAUAAAUAAUGUAUAUAGAUGUACAGUUACUGUCCAAACCCCCACGUCUCCCUCCGGUUGGGUUGCCUAACCACUACUCCACACUACUGACCACUACACUAUACCACCCUAUGGUGUGGAUGGACUACUAUGCCAAUUUUUUUUAAAAGGAGUUUCCUCAUAACUAAAAACUCUAUUACUUGAAGAUUGAUUAAAUUCUUGUGAUUCUUUCUCAGUAGCGAAUUGAUGUAGCAAUAAAUACGAGGCAGGUGCUUCCUCUGAGUGUUUAAAUUAUUCUGGUGGACCAUGAGGUUUGGAGGGAGACUUUGUCCUUUACCUUUUACCCUGUAAAUGGCCAGUGGGUGCUUUCGGAGGGCGGACCUUCAGAAAAAGGGGCAGUUCUCCCUUUUCACUAAUGGAGUCUUCUCUUUGCUCACUAGGCUAUUCAACCAGAAUUUGCAUUUCUCUACAGCUUUGUUACUUUUUCAAGCAGUUUUCGUGUGUGUCUGGAAAUUUGGUUUCUUUUGUUCUGAUUAGCAAGUCAAAGUUGUAAAUGUGGAGAAAAAGAAAAGGGCCAGCUCUACUGAUUUGUACUCUGUAGAGGCCGUUAUUUGAGCUAACUUAGCAAACUAAUAACAUUCAGUUAAACGUUUCAUUUCUAUAACUAGAUGAUGAUAUUAUUUUCUCUCUGCUACUUAUUUCUCCAAUGUAGAUGACAUUUCUUCUGUAACUUGUCUUUAACUUAACUAUUGACGGAGGAGUCGCUUCUGUCUAUUUAAUAAUCAUUAGGCCCCAGUCUCUGGCGGUCUUUAGAGCUUGGUGUCCCAACACUUAAAAAUGUAAAAUAGGGCCAGUCCACCGUGGCAGGUCUGACCAAAAAAAAUAAAAAAAUUACAGAAAGACUGAUGAACACAAAAAAAACUUGCAUACAAAAGAAGCUACCCGUCACUAAAAGUGAUAUUAGCCAGUCUAGUCUAUAUUUCUUGUAUUACAUUUUGUAUUAUAUUUUCCUAAAUGUCCUCUUGUAAUGAAAAGACAAAAAAAGCGAGUAUAUCUAUCAAUAAAUAAAUAUAUAUAUAUAUAUAUAAAAAUAUAUGAGAGACAGACAGACAUGAGGUCAGGCUUGUUGAAGGGAGAGUGGGGGCAGGGGAGCCGAUACACUGGCCCCUCUCCCUUGGGUGACUCUCCUGCUGUCAUUCUGUGCCUUGCUGAGCCUAUGACCUCCCUCCUUCUCUUCCUCCCACCUCCUCGCCCUCGGCCCCUACUCAGGUCACACUCCCCUCCUCUCCUCCUGAUUGCAUCCUCCCUCUUCUUCUUCGUCUCUGGCGGGCUGAAAGCUUUGAUUUCAACUCGUACCAUGCCAAAACACUUCCAUGAGCAAGGGGCACUUGAAGAGAAGAUCUCAUUAUAAAAUACAUUGUUUUAAAAAAAAAAAAAGCCCCUUUGGUCUCUACUGAGCAGCCGCUGUUGUUGUUGUUGUUGUGCACCCUGUCCAGGCACUCCCCACCCUCUUGACGCCCGAUCGUCUGCCAGUGUCACCUCUGUCACAGAAAAGCAAAAGAAACCACACACUGGUAAACUCCCAUGGCAGCUUCCAGUCGCCCCGAAUGGUCACCAAUGGGGUUCAAAACUUCUGGGCUUGAAGCGUGUUGAUCUUUUCUUAUUUUUUUUGUUUGUCAUUUUACUAUUAUUGUACGUUGACUAUGUGUUUGUUCAAUGGAGCCACUGGGAUAGGAGCGAUAAAAGAAUAAUCCAAUCAAUGGCAGCUUAAAGGUGUAAUCCUCCGCUUUCCCAGUGGUCCGUCCCAAAAAUAGUGUUACCCAUUGACCAGAGGACCUCUUGAGACACAGCAAUAUUACCAUCUUGUGCUUUCGGAGGGAGGGUGGGCGGACAGGGUUUUAAAGACCAGCAGGUGGUUUAACUUUUUACUCUGUGGUGCAUUUUUUUGGUGACCUCCUAUCUGCACUCUCUCCAUAUACACUGCAGGAGGACAACAAAAAAGAAAAAAAAUGACUUUCUGGAAAAAGCUGUUUUUCAUCAAGAGUUUACAUUAAUGUCAAAUGAUUUGUACAUGACUGUAUCAGAAAUGUCCUUUUUCAGUUUGUUGGUAAGAUGAACAACCUAGCAAACCAUAUUAAUGGCAUAAAGUUAUUCUCUUGCACAGAACCUCCCAGCAGAAAGGUGACAGACCGAAUGGAUUCAGGGCCAGAUAUGAGAUUACAAUUAUUCAUUGGCGUCAUUGAAAAACGUACAUAGCACAAACUUAUAAUGGCUUUGAGCAGCUGACGACUCGGUAACAUUUUGUUUGAAUGCUGGAUGGAUAGUGUUUAUGGAAUAUCUUUUAAUGAUGUGCCUUGGAAAACGUUAUC